GCGUUAGCUUAGCUAACCUGGCUAGCACCACAGUCACGGUCCAUAUGUUCAAAAGAGCGCCAAGUGUUCCGCUUUAGUUAGUUUAGCCGCGCCGAGGUAAGACAACUGCUGACUUCUGUCUGAAAAUACCGAGUUCACUUGGCUCCAUAUCUGGCAGAACUACAUAAGCUCGCUAACGUUAGCUGUGAUGACACGAGCGAGCUAGCUAGUGAGGUAACGUUGGCUAGGUAAGCUAGCCUGUGAAGGAAAACUGAAGGAAAAAGCCAAAGCAAAGGUGGUUAAAAAUACUCAUCGACGUCUGUUACAGCUGUCUAGGCAGUUAGUAAUGUUUGAUAAUAUAAAAUACUCGUAUCGACGUUUGUUUCACAUAUUUUUCUGCGAGAGUGACUAAACCAUGAUGAAACACCCCCAUCCGUGGCGAGAGACCCCCCCGCUCGUCACGCUGCGGAUCAGGCCGUCGGCGGCCCUGCAGCUCAGGCGAGGCGUCCGGAUGAAGAGACCGAGCCGCCAGGAGGCCCACAGCCCACCCGGACAAGGCUACGGCGCCCGAACCCACCGCCCCGCCUCCGGGCUGAACAGGCAGCCCUGCGGCCCGGCCCUGGUGGUCCAGCGCCAGGAGAUGGCUGCGUUUUUCAGACUCUUCGAUGACGACCUCGUACAGGAUUUUCUGUGGAUGGACUGCUGUUGUAAAAUUACGGAUAAGUAUUUGCUUGCCAUGACGUUCGUCUACUUCAAGAGAGCACGGUUCAGCAUCGGUGAACAUAGCAGGAUGAACUUCUUUGUCGCCCUGUACCUGGCAAACACCAUGGAGGAGGACGAGGAGGAGUGGAAGUAUGAGAUCUUCCCUUGGGCCCUGGGAAAGAGCUGGAGGAAGCUGUUCCCUCGGUUUCUGAGGCAGAGGGACAGGCUGUGGGCGCGGAUCGAGUACCGCGCGGCUGUCAGCCGCCGCUGCUGUGAGGAGGUAAUGGCCAUUGUCCCAUCUCACUUCAUCUGGCAGCGGGAGCGAGCGGAGCACCACAGCGGGGCGCAGCGACAAUACCGGGACCGGGACGAGGUGCACGGUCCCCGCGGCCCCGCCGCCUCUCCCGAGCCGUGUGCUCUCUGCGCUAAGACCUCCUGCCUCUCCUCUUCCUCCUCCUCCUCCUCCUCUCUGCUGCUGCCCUUCAGCCUGGAGGCCACACCACCCAAGACCCAGGCUUCACGCCCCAUAAGCAAAAAGACCCCCUGCCACUGCACGGACAAAGCAGGGAGUGAUGUGGACAGUGAACCUGGCCGUGACUUUUCCAUGGACUGGAUCAGUGAGGAGUAGGUUUCCACCUGCUAACACCAUGCACCA